AUGAAGUCCGCAGUGAUUGCGGGCAUCUGCCUCUUCUCGCCGUUUGCCACGGCUUCGGCGGUUGCUCCGCGAGACGAAAAGGUCAGCUUUGAUGGCCAUCAAGUCUUCCGCAUCACUGAUGCCCCUCGCGGUAUCGAGAAUGAGCUGAGCGAUUUCUUUGCCACCCGUUCUGGGCGCAGUGUCGACGUCGUCGUCCCGCCCAAUGAGGUGUCGGCCUUUAUGAAGCGAGGGCUCAACACUCAGCUCCUCGACGCUGAUAUUGGCGAGAAAUUCCGCCGAGAGGCCGAGUCUGGCUCCUAUGACCGAGCCCUGCACAAGCGCGGUGAUCUACCGGACCUCAGCUGGUACGACUCCUACCACCCUUACGCGGACCACUUGCAAUACUGGGAGGAUCUCCAGGCGGCUUUCCCCAACAACUCGCGCAUCUCCGAGCUCCCUGGAAAGUCAUAUGAGGGGCGUUCGCUGCAUGUGUUCCAGAUGUGGGGAGACAAGGGCAAUGCUGGCGAGAAACCAGCCGUCCUCUGGCACGGAACCGUCCAUGCUCGCGAGUGGAUCACCACCAUGACGGUCGAGUACCUGACCUGGCAGCUGAUCAACGGGUACAAGAAUGGAGACCUGAACGCCACGACUGCUCUGGACGAGUUCGAUUUCUACAUUGUGCCAUUCCACAACCCCGAUGGAUUCGUCUACACCCAGACGACGAACCGUCUCUGGCGCAAGAAUCGUCAACCGAGGAGCAACACGACUUGCAUCGGAACAGACAACAACCGAAACUGGAACUACGAAUGGGACUUUCCCAUCGAAGACGGACAAGUCGCCAGCAACCCCUGCAGCGAAACCUUCAAGGGCCUGACCGGGGGUGACACCCCCGAGAACCAGGCGCUGGUGACGCUCUCCCAGGAGCUCGAGUCGCGCCCGGGGGGCAUCCGUCUGUACAUCGACUGGCACAGCUACUCGCAGCUGAUCCUUCUCCCGUGGGGCUUUUCGUGCGACCCAGCCCUGCUCCCAGCGAACCUGCCUCGCCAGCGAGAGGUGGGUGCCGGAUACGCCAAUACGAUCGAUUCCGUGAGCGGAAAGUUCUACGAGGUCGGCCCUUCGUGUGAGAUUCUGUAUUACUCUUCAGGCACCGGCAGAGAUUACCACCAUGGUGCGCACAAUGCCACCUUCAGCUGGAGCGUUGAGCUCAGGCCUGGGCGCAGUUCCUCCAAUGGCUUUGUCCUGCCGCCCCAAGAGAUCAGGCCGACUUCUGAGGAGCACUGGGCUGGUAUUCAGUGGGUACUGAACGACAUUCUCAAGGAUUGA